CUCAAAGUGACCUACUUAACUGACUGAUCAACCAACAAGGGCCCGGGCCGGUAACCAGCUAUCACAUCCCCGAAAAUUCACAGGACAAAGCAUACUCUACCAGACCGGCCCAUGGAUUGUGACGGGAUUUAGAAGCCCACAGUGCGAUCAGAUGACCAGCAGGAUGGCUGGAUUGCUAGUUGAUUGCACCACCCCACCAUGGAAUCGCCCACAGCAGAUCCGGAUACACAGGCUGAGGUAGAUCUCAUGAUACUGGAUUACCUCCUGUGCAUGGCCAUUGACCAAGUCCUGGACUCCGGGAAUGGUAAAGUUGAAGAUGACACUAGCUGGAGUCUCGAUACGAUCAACACCAUCAAGACUGCACUCCUACCAUCGGACACUCUUUCCAAAGACAUGCAGAUAAAAACCCAGAUACUAGAGCUCGCACAAUUGUUCAGUGAUGGCAAUGGAAAAACAGAGCCAGGCAGAGGUCUUGCCACCGAAUUGUCGCAGGAAGACCAGCGCAGGAGUCCAAUUACACGAUCUGGAAAAAGCACCCCCCAACCAUACCAGCCCCAUGAAAGCGACAAACUACCCGCCCAUGAUACCCAGGUUGUCGCCGUUGAUAGAUCCUACAAUGCGCUAGUCCAAUUUGUCACCCUUUGCGGCACUGCGAGAGACAAUUUACCAGAUGGACACGCUGAUAUUGCUGCGAAAUUAAUAACCCAAGCUGCACUGAACGAGUACCACACUGCGGGUGUUAAGGCGCCAGGCAGGUACAGAGAAUGCAUUGAACGUGUCACUGCGUGCCUGCGCGAAGCCUUGGAUCCGUAUGCAGAGCAGGUAAAUCUAGCAUACCUGAGCACCCUGUUACCAUCCAUCGACCUUGCAUCAGCCGAGUCGGAAGGAUCUGGGCGGAAGUCACCACGCGGAGAUACUAUUACCCGCUCGGUACAUCGUUUCCUGACCGACCUCAUGAAGACACUAGACCCUCCAAUACUCAUUCAACUCGAGAGAGGGAAACUUGGAGGACUGAGCCGUGAAGAGACCCAGCAGUUGAAGGACAGGAUAGGGCUUUGAUAGUAGAGAACGUCUUGGCAUGUACGUAUAUGGUAAUCUGAGCCAAGUUGUUGGGAUUCCACAACAACCAUAG